GACACUUGCGCGGCCGCGGACGCCAUCCCGCUCGUCCUUGUUGCGCAGGUUCCGAUCCCGCCGCCGCCCGGUUGGAAGCGAGGAGGAGGAAGAGGAGGAGGAGCCGCUCCUCCCUUUGAGGCAGAAGCUCCCGCCGGGGCACGUCGAGGAGUGCGCUGGGCCUACGGAUUUUGAUUUAAAUAAAAAAAUGGACUGGACCGGAAAGCAUAAUGGGCCAAAUGAUACAACUAAUGAUGGAACAGUGGUACGACUGCGAGGCCUGCCAUUUGGUUGCAGCAAAGAAGAGAUUGUUCAGUUUUUCCAAGGGUUGGAAAUCGUGCCAAAUGGGAUAACAUUGACGCUGGACUACCAGGGGAGAAGCACAGGGGAGGCCUUCGUGCAGUUUGCUUCAAAGGAGAUAGCAGAAAAUGCUCUGGGGAAACACAAGGAAAGAAUAGGGCACAGAUAUAUUGAAAUCUUCAAAAGUAGUAAGAGUGAAAUCAGAGGAUUUUCUGACAUGCCAAGAAGAAUGAUGGGACAACAACGACCUGGACCAUAUGAUAGACCAUUAGGAGGAAGAGGGGGUUAUUAUGGAGCUGGGCGUGGAAGUAUGUAUGACAGAAUGCGUCGAGGAGGUGGUGGAUAUGACGGUGGAUACGGUGGCUUUGACGAUUACGGUGGUUAUAACAACUAUGGCUAUGGAAACGAUGGCUAUGAUGACAGAAUGAGAGAUGGGAGAGGCAUGGGAGGCCAUGGCUAUGGUGGAGCUGCAGAUGCAGGGUCAGGUUUCCAUGGCGGCGGUCAUUUUGUUCACAUGCGAGGACUGCCUUUCCGAGCAACAGAAAAUGAUAUUGCCAAUUUUUUCUCGCCAUUGAAUCCCAUAAGAGUUCACAUUGACAUUGGGGCAGAUGGAAGAGCUACAGGAGAGGCAGAUGUGGAAUUUGUAACACAUGAGGAUGCAGUAGCUGCCAUGUCUAAGGAUAAAAAUCACAUGCAGCAUCGAUACAUUGAACUGUUCCUGAAUUCAACUGCUGGAGGUGGUUCUGGCAUGGGAGGCUAUGGCAGAGAUGGAAUGGAUCAAGGUUAUGGCUCUGUCGGUAGAAUGGGAAUGGGUAGCAAUUACAGUGGCGGAUAUGGAACCCCUGAUGGCUUAGGCGGAUACAGUAUGUAUGCGUGACCGUGUGUCAAUUGUUUGCAGGUCGUGGCAGUGGAAAUAGUGGAGGCUACUAUGGGCAAGGCAGUAUGGGAGGAGGAGGAUGGCGCGGAAUGUAUUGAGGGGUAGCCUUGCUUCUGCAGAACAUCUGGGAAGAAACAGUCUCUGGUCUGCUAGACUUUCUUACAGAAUUUAAUUUCUUUUGUAUUUUAAGAACUUUAUAAUGACUGAAGGAAUGUGUUUUCACAACAUUAUUUGGUAAGCAACAGAUUGUGAUGGGAAAAUCUGUUUUCUGUAGGUUUUAUUUGUUGCAUACUCUGACUUUAAAUAAAUUUUUAUAUUCAAACCA